ACAACAAUAGACGUAUGCUUGGGAAACGUUGUGAACGACGCCAGUUGGUCAUACCAAUGGAAACUGCGAGAGGUAUCGGUCCACGUUUACCAAGUUGACGAUUCACCACGGAGUAUAGAGGCAAAGAUGCUGUCAGUUCAUAGACAGCUAAGUGCAUCACUGCAGACAAUAAAGUCAACAAUUACGCAGGAGAUAACGUCGAUCCAGAAAGGCAUGUCUUCCCUGUUGAAGAAAGAGACAAAAUCCAGAGACUUGAACGAAGACUCAUUAACAAAGUUGAACGUAUCGUUGGCCCUGUUGGUGCUAGGUUCGUUCAUUUGUCAAACGAUGAGUUUCAUAUGGCUAAGGUACUUGGCUAUGAAUACGGUAAGAAAGAGGUAAUGAGAACAAAGUAUGGUGUGGUGUCCGGGUUGUGGGUAUGCGCAGAGAGCCAGUACAAAAAAAUACGAGAAAAAUUUCCAUCGAGCUUUGAUCAAUCAGGUCACAAUGAAGAAGUGUUAAAAGGCACAAGAAGGAUGUUGCUCUCAGCUACAGAAAGGUCAUAUCUCUAUGAAUCAUUACACAGCAAACAUAUAAUAAGGCCUGAUGGCAGAAAUAUCAAACAGUUCAGACCAAUUCAAUCACACACUGGGUUUCUAGAGCUAUCAAACGGUUCAUCAAAGAUUACUCUAAGUGACGGUAGCGAAUGCAUUGUUAGUAUCAAGGCCAAGGUUGUUGAUAAAGCACAAGAGCAAGACCUUGUGUCUGUGGAUCUUGAAAUUGCAGGCCACAGAGAAGAUUCGCCGUAUACGCUAAGUCUAACGUCGACAUUACAGUCGUUAUAUGCCAAACAUAUUCCAAGGGAAUCGCUUAAUUUGACAUCCAAGUUUGCAUACAAGCUCUACAUCGAUAUCCUUGUUAUCGCUACCUACUCGCAUCCACUGACCAUGAUGUCAUUGGCUACAUACCUUGCCCUUCAAAGCACAUUCUUACCAAAGCUGACCUCCUCAGUGGACGACAAGGAGAUUGAAGAGCAACCAACUUUCCACGAUUAUGAGUUUGUCAAGUUACAAGUUACCGUCCCUGUCAUUUUCACAGUGGCUGUCAUCGGAGAGAACUGUAUUAUAGAUCCUAGUGCUGAAGAGAUGGAAGUUAGUGAUAAUGGACUCAUAGUGAGCUGGUUUGACGGCAAACCAAUCUCUCCUAUGGGCACAGUAAGACUUAGCGAGACAAACAUCAAGAGUCUAAAUCCAGCUCUGAUUGUUAAAAGUGUCGAUCUCGUAUCGAGCAUUGCCAAUUCUCCGUGGAAUGUCCAAAUCAUCCUCUCUUGA